CUCACAGCCAGAGACAACUGGAGCUCUCUUUAGUAGUUUGUUUUAGUUGGUACCUUUUGCUGAGAAUAUGGUUGCAAAAGCCCCCAAGGUCAUCUCUUUUGGAUGAAGUACGAUCAGAAUACACAGCAGGAUUUCCUAAAGCGCCUCGAGAUAUGACAGUGAGGAACUGUACAUCUACCCCACCGUAUAUCCCACCUAACAUUAAAAAUACCACUCAACAACUGAACAGCCUCCGUCAGCAGAUGAGAACAAACAACAUCAGCGCCUACAUAAUUCCUGCCAACGAUGCACAUUUGGGCGGCUACUCUGCAGAACGUGAGAAAAGGAGACAAUGGCUAACUGGUUUCACUGGAUCCUCAGGCACCGCUGUGGUCACACUCACUAGAGCAGCUGUGUUCACAGACAGCAGAUACUGGACUCAGGCAGAGAGACAAAUGGACUGUAAUUGGGAGUUGCAAAAGAUACUUUCAAAUAAUGCAAUUGUACACUGGAUUCUGGGUGAAUUAAAUGUGGGAGAUAAAAUUGGCUUUGAUCCCUUCCUGUUCUCCAUUGCUGACUGGACAGAUGUAUCCAAGUUAGUGGGAGAUACUGGAAUAAUACUGCAUUCUAUACCAGACAACCUGGUGGACCUAAUAUGGGGAGGAGAGCGUCCUUCUUUGCCAAAUUAUCCAAUUUAUUUCCUAUGCAACGAGUUUGUAGGAAGCACCUGGCAAGAGAAGAUUUCCACAGUCCGCUCCCAGAUGAGAGCGCACACCCAGAAGCCCACUGCAGUGCUACUGUCUGCUCUGGAAGAAACAGCAUGGCUUUUCAACCUUCGUGGGCAAGAUAUUCCAUAUAACCCAUUUUUCUACUCAUACACCUUGUUGACCUUGGACUCUAUUAGAUUAUUUGUCAAUGUGAGUCGCAUCAGCUCUGAACUUCAGACGUAUCUGAACACCAACUGCUCAGAUUCAACGUGCGUCCAAAUUCUUGAUUACGGUGACGUUAGGGAGAACGUGAUAAACUAUGUGAAAGGAGACGUGAAGAUAUGGAUUGGGACACAAUAUACCAAUUAUGGGAUGUAUGAAAUUAUACCAAUGGACAAACUCAUAACUGAAGAUUAUUCUCCUGCCAUGACCAUAAAAGCUGUUAAAAAUGCAAAAGAACAAGAUUUGCUAAAGAAAUGUCAUAUCAGGGAUGCAGUAGCCGUAAUUCAGUACUUGGUUUGGCUGGAGAAGAACGUACCCACAGGAAAUAUUAAUGAAGACAGUGGAGCACGAUACGUUAAUGAGAUGAGGGGGAAACAGUUGUAUUUCAAAGGACCAAGUUUUGAAACUAUCUCUGGAAGUGGAUUAAAUGCAGCUCUUCCUCACUACAGACCAAGCAACGAGACUAACCGCAAACUAACUGUCGGUGAAAUGUAUCUCAUUGACUCUGGAGGACAAUAUUUUGAUGGAACCACAGACAUUACAAGGACUGUCCACUGGGGAAAUCCAACAGAUCUGGAAAAGGAAGCUUAUACACGAGUCCUGAUGGGUAACAUUGAUCUCACCACACUUGUCUUUCCUCCAAGAACUGCUGGAAGAGUUAUAGAAGCAUUUGCCAGAGGUCCAUUGUGGAAAUAUGGUCUGAACUACGGUCAUGGCACUGGGCAUGGGAUAGGUAACUUCUUCUCAGUCCAUGAAUGGCCAGUUGGGCUUGGGUCCAGCAAUCUUCCCCUGACCAAAGGAAUGUUCACCUCCAUUGAACCAGGCUACUAUCAUGAUGGCUACUUUGGAAUUCGUAUUGAAGACAUUGUAGUGGUGGUUGAAGCACAGACCAAGUACAUGUUUGGAGGUGAAAGCUACUUGACAUUUGACACUGUCACCUUAGUCCCCUAUGCCAGAAAUCUGAUAAAGACUGAAAUGAUGACAAAUACACAGAUUCAGCACAUAGAUAAACACUACAAGAAAAUUAGAGACAUCAUGGGAGCAGAAUUGAAGAAUCAAAAUCUUCAAGAAGAAUAUGAUUGGCUAUUGAAGAGUACAGAGCCACUGUCUCAUGGGACGCUCAUUGUAGCAUCUGUUUGCUUGCUCAGCAUUACUGUCAUUGCAAAUAUAUUUUUACAAGUUUCUGUGUAACGUAUGUUUCAGAAGAAGGCAAUAUAUUUGUAUCUGUGUAUGAUGACAAAUCAUACUGGCUAUUAAUAAAUUACUUUUGUAUUUGU